AUGGACAAGCUGCGGCGCGUCCUGAGCGGCCAGGACGACGAGGAGCAGGGCCUCACCUCGCAGGUCCUGGACGCCUCUUCCCUCAGCUUCUCCACCAGGCUGAGGUGGUUUGCCAUCUGCUUCGUGUGUGGCAUUUUCUGCUCCAUCCUGGGAACCGGCUUGCUGUGGCUUCCCCAGGGCAUGAAGCUGUUCGCGGUGUUUUAUACCCUUGGAAACAUUUCUGCGUUAGCCAGUACCUGCUUUCUGAUGGGGCCCGUGAAGCAGCUGAAGAAGAUGUUUGAGACGACAAGAUUGCUGGCGACCAUCCUCAUGCUGAUGUGUUUCGUCUUCACCCUGUGUGCUGUGUUCUGGUGGCAUAAGAAGGGGCUGGCCAUGCUGUUCUGCAUCCUGCAGUUCCUGUCUAUGACCUGGUACAGUUUAUCGUACAUCCCGUAUGCAAGGGAUGCGGUCAUUAAGUGCUGCUCCUCUCUUCUAAGCUGA